AUGGGCGCACGACAUCCAAAAAUUGAAGAAUUAAAGUUGUCUGACAACCAAGUCCUUCCGCUUAUGAAAUGUGAUAUAACUUCUCAAGACGAAAUUCUAAAAACGUGUGAAGGCGCCAGUAUAAUUGUAAAUUUAGUCGGGAUAAUGUAUGAAAAUCCUCCAAUAUAUACUUUUGAAAACGUUCAGCACUUGGGCGCAAAAAAUGUUGCGAUAGCUGCUAAGCAGAAUGAUGCACAAUUAGUCCAUAUUAGCGCUAUUGGUGCAGAUCCUAGUAGCGAGGUUCCUUAUGCUAGAACUAAAGGGUUGGGUGAGAUUGCAAUUCAUGAAAUAUAUCCAAAAGCAACUAUUAUAAGACCAAGCAUUGUUUUUGGACCUGAAGACGAUUUCUUUAAUAGAUUCUCAAAAUUAGCUAGAGUAUUACCAUUCAUACCAGUUUUUGGUGGUGGGUCUACAAAGUUUCAACCUGUUUAUGUAUGGGAUUUGGCAACGGCUGUUGCUAAAGCAAGCAAUCAAUCUCUCAAGUUUCAAGAAAAAAUCUUUGAAAUUGGUGGGCCAAAGGUGUAUACAUACAAAGAACUCAUGCAACUAACACUAUCCGAAGAAGGGCUAAAACGUCCAAUUAUCUCUCUACCAUGGCAAAUUGGGCUUAUACAAGGUUAUUUUCUUGAAAAGCUACCAAAGAAUUUGUUUACUAUCACACGUGAUCAAAUCAAAUUGCUUAAGAAAGAUAACGUUGUCUCGAAUGUGGAAGGGAUUUUGAACUUAAAAGAUUUGGGGAUUGAACCUACUCCAGCUGAGAAGGGAAUAGUGAAAUAA